UAAGCACUAGAGCCACGUUUAAGAAUAUCGUUAAUGAGUCUAGUAUAACCGGCAAGAGAUUUGAUCUUCUAAGUAGGGUGUUUCGCGAAAGAAACAGUGGCAGAUGCUAGGAUAGGGACAAGCUUCCAAUAUGCCACAUGCAGUCAUCUCUCUUGGUUAAAAUAGCAUUCAUGGAGUGCUUGGUCCUACAGAUUCUUCUGCCGCCUGGUAAGACCUUCCGGGUGUUUGAGACCAUGCACCUGUUCGUCGCACAUGAGAGGGCCACUGGUCUCAAAUACAGAGGAACUUAUCACGCAUGGAUAAUAUCGAGGGCUUCACAGUGGAUGUUAUUGAUGGACGUCUGCCAAGAUUGUUGAGAGGGAAGCUGGGACUUGAACCCGUGGCCGUGAGGAAUGGGAAUACGAAGCACUGUGCCACAGCUACAGGAUCGUCCGUGGUGCAUGACACGGCGAC